GCAAAACAAAGAUGUAGUGGAUGACCAUGGCGGAAUAUUUUGAGGAAAAAACCGACUCAAACCUCACGAUUACUCCGUCACUUCAGACCUGUCCGCUAUGUAGUAUCAAAAGAAAGAGUUUUACGUGUUAUUCGUGCGUUCUAAGUGGAGACUUUCUUCAUUCUAAUGAAAGAUGCCCCGAAAGAUAUGCAGAGAAAUUUAGGAAAUUCGAGAUUUUAAAGAGGCUAAAAAGUGAAUACGAGAAACGAGCGUUAGAUGUAAUUAGAAAACAAGAGAAGACGGACAAAUUGAAUUGCGAACUUAUCAGCUGCAGACAGAGAGUUCUACUUUUAAAGUUGGUGAUCAAGGAAGCAACUCUUGAUAUAGAGUCAGCAAGCCAAACUCUUAGGGUGCUCAAAGAGUCUAAUAACAAAACACAAUUGAGGCAAACAGAACACUCAGAACAGCUGCAAACCAAGGCAAAGCAAUUACUACAGUUUCAGACUGGUCUAGGAAAAAGGAAACAAGAACUGGAGUGUACCACAGAGAAGUUAUGUGAAGCCCGCAGAGUCAGUUUAUCACAAAUACAAAAAUACUUGUUUGCCAUACAGGUUAAUCCUGUUUUGCAAGUAGUGGAUGAGCCUUCCCCCAGAGAUACUGCAGAAGAUAUCCAUUGUGACAUUGAGAGUGAAAAUAAUGACGGGAACCGCGAGUCGGAGCUGGCCGAGGCCACCCGUACAUCGUACAUUGAAGGACGUUGGGUGUCCGAAGAGGAAGAUGUGCGAAUGGUGUACUCAAUAAAUGGUGCAUAUUUACCAGGGAAUGGAGACUACUCAUCGUAUCACGAAUGGGUCAAGGCACACAGGAGUGGCUCCAGAGAACUCGCAUCCGAUGAAGAAAUCUCUGUAAAAACACCAGCUUUUAAGAUGACCGCUGCGCUUACACAUGCUUGUCAAAUGCUGGAGCUCAUGGCGUUCUAUUUGGAUGUGAAUCUACCAAAAAGAAUAAGCUACAGUGAAUUUUGUCACCGUGAAUUAAGUAAAAAGGACUUUAAAAGCGCCGUAGAUCGAUUGAACGCAAACGUGCUUCACUUGUGUUUCACGCAGCACGUGGAACCUUCCCUUCUUCAUCCGAGGAGAACUUUACACAAUCUGUAUACUUGCUUGAACUCGCUCCACCUUGGACGGGGAGGCCCGUUUGAGUGUCAUCCCGAGUUGAUAUCGAUUAGCAGCGAAAACGACGACGCUGAUUCCAGUGAUCAAAACGAUUCGGCAUCGGAAGACGCGAACAGUGAAUCGGAUACCGAGUGGGAAAACCUGCCCUCCAACUUGGUUGACACGACAGACUCAUCCACUCACCAAGGGGCUUUGUUGCAGUCCAAGUCGUCGGAAGGUAACCAGAGGACGGACGAGCCCGCGACAGCCGCAAGCCUGGUCAGUUCAGCGGCCGCGUCUGUGGCUGCUCUUUGGCCGUGGAAAAAAUAACAUUGGUUUUAUGUUGUGUGUUAAUUUCCUGUGUCUUUCAAAAGAUUUGACUCAGGUUUCUAAAUAAUUGUACAGGAAAAAAAAAGCUGAUUUAUUGGGGCUUUACUAUCUGGAAAUUUAGUGGACUUCGUUUUGAGAAUUGUUUACUGCUGCACUUCCAACAAAGUUGAUGUAAUAAAUAUCCUUUGUUUCUCGAAGCCACAGAUGUUUACUGUUAGACUGUAACUACUUAAUUUUAUUUUUUCCGCACGCCAAUUUUUGAAGGAUUAUAAAUGCAAUUGUCUCCAUUUGGUUCGACAAUAUGCAUUUUAUAUUCCUCCAAGCGGCUCUAAGUUUUCCCCAUGCUUCGUUCAUGGAAAACUGUGUACCUGUUAUGUAAUACAUAAUGUCUCUGUAAAAAAUAUUGUAGCAUAAAUUUAGCCUAAGUAGAGACUAUUGAACAUAUACGGGAAUGAUGUCUACCUUUAAGUAUGUGCAAUUUUCAAUUUAACAGUGAAUUCCAUGUUACCGUGAGUCUGCAAUAGAUCACAAAUGUAGCUGAUGUUUUAACCAAA